AUGUUUCGUCAAACAUAUCAAUCAGGUCUUUUAUCUAUUCUUUCAAGUCAAGGAUCAAAACCAUUUCAAACUUGGAUAUGUAAAGUAUCAAAUGGAUAUAUUAAACGAAUUACAGAUGAAGAUACAAAUUCACUUGUACUUGAACUUAUUUCAAAUAAUGUUAGUUCGACUUAUGUAACUUGUCCAUGUUGUCCAUAUGAAUCACUUGGUAUUAAAAUGCAAUAUUUAAAUUUAUAUAUAAAAAAUUUACGACGCUAUUUUGUUAUGGAAAUUGAAGUUUUGGAUAGUAAAAAUAUGCAUCGUCGUUUUAAAAUUUCAACAUUUGCAACUAAAACAAAAAUUGGUCCAUUCGGUACACAUUCACCAUUAAAUUGGAUUGAAGGUUGGAAUCGUUUAACACUUAAUCUUGAAUCAUUUACAAAAACAGUUUAUGGAACAAAUUAUAUUGAAUGUCGACGAAUUACGAUUCAUGCUAAUUGUCGUAUUCGGCGUGUUUUCUUUGCUGAUCGAGAAUAUAAAGAAGAAGAAUUACCUUUAGAUUAUCAAAUUCGAUGUCGUAUUGAUCGAACUAAACAUUAUAUACCUAAACGACGUAUGUUUUCAUCAAAUAAAUCUACAUAUCAAUCAAAGAGUGAUCAAAAUCAAUUAACAAAAAUUCCUCCAACGCCAUCAAAUCUUUCACAAGUACAGAAUCAAAUAAUUGAUUCGCCUAAAAAAGACAUAGUAAAUCAAUUUACAUCUAUCCAAGAAGUACCAAGUAAUGAACAAAUCAUCAAUGCUCCACAAGGUUCGAUUGCAUCGGAUGUUCAAAAAGUAGAAGAUCUAAAUGAUAAUGAUAAUGAUAGAAAUUCAGAUAUUGAACCAAUCUAUAAUCAACAAACAAUACAAAAUGAUGAACAACCUGUACAAAGUGACGAACAACCAAUACAGAAUGAUGAUGAACCAUUACAAAAUGAUGAACAACCGAUCAUUAAUAAUAUUAACAAUCUUAAUUUUAAUUCUGAUCAGGUCAAUUAA